AUGCCUGCUACUGAAACAAAGUUCCCCUGCGACCUAAAACUCUUCAAACAUAGUUGCACUAGCUGUUGUGGCACUAGCUGUUGUGGCGCUAGUUGUUGUGGCACUAGCUGUUGUUGCACUAGCUGUUGUUGCACUAGCUGUUGUGGCACUAGUUGUUGUUGCACUAGCUGUUGUUGCGCUAGCUGUUGUUGUAGUAGCUGUUGUGGCACUAGCUGUUGUGGCACUAGCUGUUGUUGCACUAGCUGUUGUGGCACUAGCUGUUGUGGAACUACCUGUUGUUGCACUAGCUGUUGUGGCACUAGCUUUUGUUGCACUAGCUGUUGUGGCACUAGUUGUUGUUGCACUAGCUGUUGUUGCACUAGCUGUUGUUGCACUAGCUGUUGUGGCACUAGUUGUUGUUGCACUAGCUGUUGUUGCGCUAGCUGUUGUUGCAGUAGCUGUUGUGGCACUAGUUGUUGUGGCACUAGCUGUUGUUGCACUAGCUGUUGUGGCACUAGCUGUUGUGGAACUACCUGUUGUUGCACUAGCUGUUGUGGCACUAGCUUUUGUUGCACUAGCUGUUGGGGCACUAGCUGUUGUGGCACUAGCUGUUCUUGCACUAGCUCUUGUGGCACUAGCUGUUGUUGCACUAGCUGUUGUGGCACUAGCUGUUCUUGCACUAGCUGUUGUGGCACUGGCUGUUGUGGCACUAGCUGUUGUUGCACUAGCUGUUGUUGCACUAGCUGUUGUGGCACUAGCUGUUGUGGCACUAGCUGUUGUGGCACUAGCUGUUCUUGCACUAGCUGUUGUGGCACUGGCUGUUGUGGCACUAGCUGUUGUUGCACUAGCUGUUGUGGCACUAGCUGUUGUGGCACUAGCUGUUGUGGCACUAGCUGUUGUUGCACUAGCUGUUGUGGCACUAGCUGUUGUUUCACUAGCUGUUGUGGCACUAGUAGUUGUUGCACUACCUGUUGUUGCACUAGCUGUUGUGGCACUAGCUGUUGUUGCACUAGCUGUUGUUGCACUAGCUGUUGUGGCACUAGCUGUUGUUGUACUAGCUGUUGUGGCACUAGCUGUUGUUGCACUAGCUGUUGUGGCACUACCUGUUGUGGCACUAGCUGUUGUGGCACUAGUUGUUGUGGCACUAGCUGUUGUCGCAUUAGCUGUUGUGGCACUAGUUGUUGUAGCACUAGCUGUUGUUGCACGAGCUGUGUGGCAUCUUCUCUCCGUAAAGCAUUAGAGCUGCCAGACAGCCGCGCCUAUCUAUCUGUUCACUCUCUUUUCUUUUCUUUGUUAACCACAUAACUAAUUUCAUGUAGCCUUGAGUGCACCGCAGCACAUUGGUGUCAGUACCAUUACGUUGCCAGUCCAUUAGCUUUGCGGUACAGUCAGCCUACAAAGCUUAAAGUGUAUGUGUAUUUGGUUUUUUCCCAGUGUAACCUGUAUCGCUGUGGUAAAUAGUGUAUCUGUAGAAGGGUUUUAAACAUAUAGAGGUAUAGAUUUGAUAUCUAGACAUUCGACAGUGGCCGAUAGAGGAAUGGUUCUCAUGUAGCGUAUAUUCGACAAGAACGUACUCUUGGAACCUGAACCUUUCUGUUUGCCGGCACACCAGCCCGAUACUGCGGAAAAGGGGAAGCAUCGUAUUAAUUUGCAUUCCAGAAAGUUCGCUGAAGGAAAAGACAAGGAGCCGUUUUAGCCUGCACUCGGUUUACAGUGCAGACAACCGGGGCGACUCUGGUUCUCUGGGACGUGGGGGACGUAACGGGUGAAUUAAGGCGUAGACAUGUGUGAUAGUGUACCUGUGCUGACCGUAGACCAAAAGCUGUUCCCCUGUCUCUCUUCUCUGUGUUGUCAUCAACCUGUUUGAUUCUAGGUCAUUGUCAAAGAAAUGAGAUAAAAUAACAAUAAAGAUGUUCCUCCGUGACUUUCCUGACCUUGAGAGAUUUAUCUUGUCCCCAUUGUCCAUCCUUCUCCACAUACAUUUGUCCAUUUUCUUCAGCCCAUUGGUGUUUGGCCAUGCAAUGAAAUGAAAAGAUUUACAUAAAGUGUCAAUCAAAAUUAAAAAGAAAAAUUGGCAGCAUACACCUGUAUUACAUCAGGGCCACUGUGUUUGACGGCCAGAAAACAGUUGAUUUGGACGAAUCCUUGCAUGUCGACACACCUGCUUUAUCCUUUACCUCCUCGUGCCAGGGAUGUGUGGAUGGAUUUGUGAGUUAAAUGAAUGAGUAAAUGGGCAGCACGGUAGCGCAGUGGCCUCACUGCAAGAAGGUCCUGGGUUCGAGCCCCGGGGUAGUCCAACCUUGGGGGUCGUCCCGGGUCGUCCUCUGUGUGGAGUUUGCAUGUUCUCCCCGUGUCUGCAUGGGUUUCCUCUGGGGGCUCUGGUUUCCUCCCACAGUCCAAAGACCUGUAGGUCAGGUGACUCGAAGACAUGUAGGUCAGGUGACUCAAAGACAUGUAGGUCAGGUGACUCAAAGACAUGUAGGUCAGGUGACUCGAAGACAUGUAGGUCAGGUGACUCAAAGACAUGUAGGUCAGGUGACUCAAAGACAU